CUGGAUUUGACACCUCCCAUCAGCACGCAACAUUGAUUGAUUGAUUGAUUUCCGAGCAAUAUGACUGAACUCUCUCCUCGUCCAAGCCGCAGCAUGGCUAUUGACUCCCUGCUCAACCCACAAGGGGAGGCAGAAAAAGCAGGCUCGAUUUCACUUCCGAGCAUGCACUAUGGCGCUGGCUCUGGGCCUCUAACACCACACUCACAAUAUCCACCCUACUAUCCACGGAGCCCAACGCACUAUUUCCACGGCUCUGAAAAUCAACACCAUCAUCGCAAUCAUCAUCACCAUUACAACCCUUACCAACAUAGUCACAGUCAGAUCCAGGAUCAUCGUGACCCAUACGCCUCAUACCACCAUUCAACAAACUCAUCGCCAGAACCAUACUCCCGAGACCGCUACUCUUCAGUCUCCAGCAGCACCUCCAGCUCGAACGGCCACCACAGCCACCACUCCCACAGCAACGGCACCUCGGUCUCAGGUAGUGGAGGAGGCCGCGAAGGCCGCCGCCAACCGCGCCCCAAGUAUGAAGAAGAAGAAAUGUACUUCAUCUGGUACCAGCGCGUUGACCUUGGCCAGGAGUGGAAGGAAGUCCGCGAGUCCUUUAACCGGCAGUUCCCAGAGCGCCCGCGGAAAGGGUUCCAGGGGAUCCAAUGUAAAUUCUACCGCUUUAUCAAGGAGAAGAAGUGUCCGACGCUGAGGGAGCAGCGGCGCAUGCGCGAUGGCGAGUUCGUCUCUGGUCAAGCGCCUCAUGCUCUGUCUCAUCCUUCAUCGGAUUCGGCGUCGGGCUACGGGGGAAAGCCCCAGUUUGGCGUCGUUGAGUGGAUGGGCGUCUGGUAUCCUUGGAUGAGGGAGAAUCAGGAGGAGGUGAUGAGGAAGCGGUUGGCGAGGUGA